CUCCAUCAUACUUAACCGGUUCCCCCACUACCGUCGCCAGCAGACAAGCAUUAUAAAGUUUACCUCUUUGUACCUCUCUACGACAUCUCUUGGUCGACAUCAUGCCCAUUUCUAGCUUGUUUGAUGUCCGAAAACAAUUGACCUUCUACGGAGCGUACCACUCGAACCCCACCAAUGUGAACAUUCAUAUCAUCUGUGUUCCCCUUCUCCUAUGGUCGUUCCAAGUACUCAGCAGCACUCUCCCUGUCCCAGACUUUUUCCCUGCCGUCGCCCAUAAGUUCAACGACUACCUGCUUUUCGACUUCAACGUCGCCGCCGUCCACGCCGCCAUCUACCUUGCGUACUACUUUGUCCUCGAUCCCGUCGCCGCAUUCUUGUACACUCCGCAGAUGAUCGUAUCUCUGUUGACCGCGAUUUCCUUCUCAAAGAAGGCUGACAAUAUCACGAUCGCGGCCUUGCUGCACGCCGUCUCCUGGAUCGCACAGUUUGUCGGUCAUGGUUUCGCAGAGAAGCGCGCUCCUGCCCUUCUGGACAACCUCAUCGGAGCUGUGGUUUUGGCUCCGUUCUUUGUCCACCUAGAAGUCCUUUUCAUGCUGGGCUACAGGCCCGAGCUGCACAAGCAGCUCACCAAUGAUGUCGGGAAAGAACUCGCAAGGAUCAGGAAGAUCGAGGGCGACAAGAAAAGGGCUAAGGCCUUAUAAUUCAGUCCACCGAUUACUACUCCUCGUCCUUCGCCGGUGCUUCAUUUGCGUGUCAGUUCCUUGUCUGAGAUUACAUUGAUGUGAGUACAACGGACCUUUCUUGCUACCUGCUAUGCGGUGACUGUGUACUGCAUUUGUGCUUUGCUUACGGAGUGGAAGGCUUGAUCAUCUACAAUGUUUUCAUAUGCCUCGACUGUCUGUGGAAGACUUGAUCAUGAUCAAUAAAAAUUCUUGCCUUGUCCGAGAGUAGCCUUAGUCGUACAAAGUAACUUAUGUGACUCCAACAUCAAUGCCUC